ACAAUCGACAUCCACUUCCUUCACAGAACCCACUCAACUCCAACCCACCGCCACUCCUCUGUCUCUGUCUCUGUCGCCCUCUCCACCAUCCAGCCCGCCAUAGCCACCACCUCCGCCAUAGCCACCACCGCCACUCCUUCUCCUCCUCUCUUCAAGGAAAGAUUUGAAAUUGUCACUUUGUCAUGGAUUCAGUGAAAGCGAAAGCAGAUUAUGCAGCAUUUGAAGAGAGGGUGAGGCGGACUGUUUACGUUGACAACCUUUCGCCUCAAGUCAACGAAAGUAUUUUAAAAUCAGCAUUCGAUCAAUUUGGGAAUGUCUGCAAAGUUGAGUUUGUUCCAAACUAUGCAGAAGAAAGUAACAUGCCACGCUGUGCAUUGGUGGAGAUGGACUCUCCAGAGCUGGCCAAAGAACUUGUACAGGCAAUGAGUAAUCAACCCUUCAUGGUUUUUGGGAUGCCGAGGCCUGUUAGGGUAUGUGCUGCUGAAAUGGAGAUGUUCGAGGAUCGCCCGCAAAAGCCUGGGACGAAGAUCACUUGCCAGUGGUUAGAGCCACAGAACCCUGAUUUCACCAUUGCGAAGAAGCUUAAGGAGUUGACAAGGAGACAUGCAGCUGAAGCCUCAUUCUUGCAUCAGUAUCAACUGGAAGAGGAAGAGUAUCUUGCAAAGCAACAGGCAGAGACCCUUGAGGCAAAUUAUAAGAAGUAUGAGCUGAUAGAAAAAGUCCUCAAGGAUGGCACCGCAAAAAGGUUGGGUCAUUGUUAUGGCAUCAACGAAUUUAAUGCUUGAGAGCUUCUCUGGUUCCCCAUAUUUUUGCAAGUCAACUCAUUUUUCGCAUGUUCUGUGCCGGUGUAAUGGAUCCAGCUCUUUUGGAAAACGAAAAUUUUGGGUUUUGUUGCUGGGAUCAUCUGCGGUGUCUCUCAUGAUCUGUCCUUUUGGCUCUGGGUGUCUUUGGGUUUCUGACCUUGUAGUGGAGCUGUGAAUAUAAUCAUGGUUUAGUACCCUUGUACUGGAUGUUUUACUGAUCUUUGUAUAAAUCUGCCCUGCUUCCUGAUGCUUGCAAUCUCUAUUAUGAAAUGAAGCCCUGAAAACUUGUGUUUUGGAUUA